CAUUAAGUUAAAGUUCCAUAAGUGUGUUUUGCUGACUUAUACACACUUUAGCCAUGGUUAAUAUAUAUGUAUAUAUUAUACAUACAUUUAUAUCUAUAUACUCUAUUUGAAGGGUUGAUUGGUUGACUAAAAGUAAACCAUUUGCGCAUCAAGUAUUCAAGUGUUCUAUCCCUCACCCUCACCCCCACCACCACACCUCUUUUCUUGGUGAUUCCUUAAAAGAACAAUAAUGAAUCUUUUUCCACCAAUAUGAUACCAUGAAUUCUUUAGUUUGUCGUUGUUGCAGCUAAUUUGUUCUUCCCUGCAAAGCCAUUGCCUGUCUUACUUUGCAAUGAUCAUGAAGACGAAUGUCAGCAGCUACUUUCCGAUGAUCACACUUUUAAUUCUCCUCGUCAUUCCGUCGUCAUAUCUUGGUGACGCUGAAAUCAUAGGUUAUCCAUCAUUUGUUAAUGGCCCCAAUUCAUGGAGAAACACUCCUUCAUCCGACUUUAGUUUCUGGGAAUCAGCCGGUGUGAGGCCGAUCCUUGUUUAUGGGAAGUUUGUCUUUGGCUUCCAAUGCAGCUUUGAGGGUGACAACUGCCUAAUUGUUGUCUCCAUCUUCAAGACCAGUUCUGAUGGCAAUUCUAGAUUUUCUCCACAAGUGGUAUGGGCCGCUGGUCGGAACAAUCCAGUUGAGAUUCAAGCACUGUUGGAGCUUACUUCUCAAGGCCAACUUAUCUUGAAAGACGCUAAUGAUACUUUGGUUUGGUCCCCAAGCACUGCAAGCAAGUCCAUUUCAAGGUUAACCUUGGGUUCUGAGGGAAGCCUCAAGUUGUUAGACAAAACCAACCUCACGGUUUGGCAGUCAUUUGGCCACCCUACGGAUGUUUUAUUUCUUGGUCAAAAGUUAGCAUCAGGGCAGAAGUUGAGGUCAAGUGUAUCGCCAUUCGAUUCUAGUGAAGGUUUGUUUGCAUUUGGUAUCAUUGAUGGUGUAUUCACUGCUUAUAUAGAUUCAGAUCCUUAUCAAAUGUAUUACAGAUCGUUUGUCUCCGAAGAUCAAUCCUAUGCUGAAUUCCGAACUGGAGGCUUCGGGAGUUUGAUAAUGGCAGCCCCAGCUAAUUUUAUACAGUUGGGAAGUGAUGGCCACUUGAAGGCAUAUGAGUUCAAAGAACAAGGAUUGAAGUGGGUGGGGACUGAUAUGCUCGACAUUGAUCAAUGCAGUUAUCCAUUGGCAUGUGGAAAAUAUGGCGUUUGUUCAGAAACGGGAUGCAGUUGCCCUGAUGAUGCAAGUGAAAACGAAACAGCUUAUUUUAAGCCAAAUAAUUUUACAGCAGAUGAUGGAUGUCAUGCCAUUUCACCAAUCUCUUGUGAGCUAUCUCUUUAUCAUGGUUUUCUGGAGCUCCGAAGAAUCAAUACUCGAUACUUGGAUUAUAUCUUGUCCUCCAAGACAUUACAAUUAGAAGAUUGUAAGGAAGCCUGUUUAAAGAAUUGUUCUUGCAGAGCUAUCAUGUAUAAUGGAAGGAACAAAUGCCUUCUUCUAUCUCAAGUGUUCUCCAUUGAGAAGAAAGAAGGUUUUGAUUAUGCCACAACUUUUAUAAAGGUGCAAAGUUCUCCAAUAUUUUCACAGAGCCCUAGCAGGAAUCCUUCAUCACCCAAUUUCCCUCGAAGGAAAAGGCAAAAUACAAUAGUUAUUGUGGGCUCACUUCUUGGAACCAUCUUUGGUGUGUUUCUAAUCUUCUCUUUCCUUUUUCUAAAUUUAAAAAUGGUUUCCAAGAAUAUGAGGAAGAUUAUCUAGACAACAUGCUGGGAAUGCCAAAUAGAUUCUCUUACGAAGAGUUGAAGAACGUCACCAACAAUUUCAGCAACAAGCUUGGCCAAGGUGGAUUUGGGUCUGUUUUUCGUGGAAUCCUACCUUCAGGUUCUGAAGUUGCGGUGAAGCAUCUUGUUGGUUUUGGUCCAGUUAAAAGUCCUUCACAGCUGAAGUUCAGACAAUUGGAAGCAUCCACCAUUUCAAUUUGGUAACUUUGGUUGGAUUUUGUGCUGAAAAAUCCAAUAGGCUUUUAGUUUACAAGUACAUGGCAAAUGGCUCCCUAGAUCAAUGGAUCUUCAACAAAA